AUGGCACACUUUGCAUCCGUACUCCGAGAGAGCCACGUGCGGCAGAUCUCUGGGCUCAAGCAGGGCUGCAUGAGAUUCGCGCUCCACAACUUCGACACUCUGGUGGAGCGCCCAGAGCUGUUCAUGCACACCUUGUCCGACCUUCCAGAAGUUGUCGCGGAGCUGUUUCGGCUUGGUCGCCUUUGGAAGGACGCUGAGGGUGAAGGUGGGAGAUCCGCCCCGGGACGACCAGCGCCGGCCGUCCCGAGCACCAUCGUCAGUGACUUCGGCCGCCUCUUUGAUGCCGCGCGCCUUGAGGAGCAUGGCGAGGAGGGCACCUCCUCGCGGGAGGAUAGCGGCGACCGUCCGCGUACUGCUCCACGCCACCGUGGCCAGCAGGACUUUGCCCCGGACUGCCGCGUGGUGGUGGGCGAGGACAUGUACUUGGCGCACUCGGCCAUGCUGGCAGCGCGCUCGGACUUCUUCCGGGCGGCUUUCGCAUCGGAGAUGGUCGAGCGAACAUCUUUGAUGGUGACGCUGCAACACUGCCGCGGCGACCGCCCACGACGCGAGUCGGUCCUUGCCAUGAUGUACUUCCUCUACACAGGAAAGACCACCAAAGUGAAUGGGUCCAAUGCCAUCGAAGUGCUCUCUUUGCUCGGUGGGGAGCACGGCGACGAGGGCGACAGCUCCGGUGGCUUUCUUCAGCUCCAUGACGCUGCCACACUCCGACGCGCGGCCGAGGCUGCCGCUGAGAGCGCAGCGGGCGAGGAUGAGGAUGAGAUCAUCAAGCUCCUCGUGCAGGCCAACGAGCUGGGAGCUGUGAGAUUAAAGCAGUGGGCACUGCGAAUGACGGUGCAUCACUUCAAGGAGCUCGCGCUCAGGGGUGCCUUGGAGGUGCUGCCAGGCAGCCUCCUCACAGAGGUCCUGCGCGAAGUCGCGGUGGGUUACGAUCGGCUGCUUCCAUCCGCGGCCAAGGGGCUCCGUUGGGAACUCUCGGUGCUGCCUCAAGCAGACAAUGGCCUCGAGAACACCUACGAGGCGCUGACCUCCGCCGACCUAUCGUCCGGGGCAGGCGCUUGCGGCACAUCUGGUUGCUCCGAAGCCUCGCUGGUGGCUACAUUCUCACAGCCGGUGCGCGUGCGACGAAUUCGCGUCGGCGUAGACCUGACCAAUGGCGACUUCGAGGCCGCGUGGGUCAACGAGGCUAAGCUGCAGUUCCUGGCAUCAAGUGGCUUGUGGCAGGAUGGGGACGUGACCGUCAUCAUCCGAGAGCGGCUCGUCCGGGACUUUGAGCUGCCAGAGGUUCUGAUCGCGCCAGCGUUCCGCCUCGUGCGCCGCCAUCGCUUAGCCGUGGGACUGCUGAUCUUCGAGUAG